AUGUCUUCCGUCGAUGAGUACAUGGUGCCCCCCAAGGCGGCUCCGGCGCUGAACAUCCCGCCGUCCAACUCGACGGUGUCGGUCAAGAUCAUCGACAGCACAUCGUGGAUCAAGGUGCCGCUGGGCGACCUCUUCGGGCCCUCGAUCCCGGGCCACGACUACCUGUCGUGCCCGGCGUUCGCGUUCCUGAUCGAGCACGCCCCCUCGGGCCGCAAGGUCCUGUUCGACCUGGGCACGCGCCGGGACUGGGAGAACCUGGCCCCGGCCAUCGUCAACACCAUCAAAAGCAACAAUUGGGAGCUGACGGUUCAGAAGAACGUGUCGGAGAUCCUGACGGACAACGGCGUCGACCUCGCCAGCAUUGAGGCCAUCAUCUGGAGCCACUGGCACUACGACCACACGGGCGACCCGAGUACGUUUCCCCCGUCCACCAAACUGAUCGUCGGUCCCGGGUUUAAGGACGCCCUGGUGCCGGGGUAUCCCGUGAACAAGGACAGCCUGGUGCUGGAGACCGACUGGAAGGGCCGCGAGCUGGUCGAGGUCGACUUCCCCAGCGACCUGAUGGUGGGCCAUUUCAAGGCCAAGGACUACUUUGGGGAUGGGUCGUUCUACAUCGUCGACGCGCCGGGCCACGCGGUGGGCCACAUCUGUGGGCUCGCGCGCACGACGCCCGACAGCUUCGUCUUCAUGGGCGGCGACGCGUGCCACCACGGCGGCGAGUACCGUCCGACCGAGUACCUGCCUUUGCCCAAGAAGAUCGACCUGAACGUCAGCGGCGUGAGCCGGAUCCGAUCCCAGGGAUUCUGCCCGGGGUCGGUGUUCUGCGACGUGUUCCACCACCACAAGCCCAAUCAGGAGGUGUACAUACUGACCAAGAACUUCUCGCACGACACCGACCGGGCGAACCUGACCAUCAAGUACCUGGAGGAGUUUGACGCGUCGGACGACGUCUUCGUCAUCAUCGCCCACGACACGCACCUGCUGUCGAAGGAGGCCGGGGUGGAGUACUUCCCCCACGGGACUCUGAACGACUGGAAAGCCAAGCGGCUGAAUCAGAAGGCGCGGUGGCUGUUUUUGAAGGAUUUUGCGGACGCGGCCGACAAGGGCCUGAAGCAGGCGACGGAGCUGGGCGAGGGGAUCGUGCUUAAGCCUUGA